CGGCUAUAUUACUUGUCGAGUAGAAUCACCAAAAAAGUUCAACGGUCGACCAAAGCAGCGGAUAAAUUCGCUCGAUGCUUUAUUGAUUCGGCGCUCGACCCCAUUAUCCGGUUGUGUUUCAUUAGCGGUAGUCUGGUGAAGUGAGUUGUGUGUGAGAAGGGAGCGUUCAAGCGAGCGAACUGCACAAUAAUCCGUAAUGGGGCGGAACUAGCUCGCUCGUCACCAUCCCUUCCAAGUUGCAGCAAAGUGCAAGGUUGUACAGCGAAGGAACGCGACAAUAGCGCGGCAGGUUGUGUAAUCCGACCGAGUGUGUGUGUACAUGAUUAGUUACAUCUGAAAAGGAAACAAUUUGAAAACGCCUUCAGAAGGAAAAGUGUCCCUCACAGUGAGUGUAUGAUGGAAGCAAAAGAAUUGAGUGACGGAAAUUAAUCUGAACAUUCCCGCCACCGUGGCCAACCCAAUUCUACCGUACCGUGUGAAUGUGUGUGUGUGUCGCGAGACGAACCGGAAAUAUUUUCCUGCAGUACCGCUUUUCCAGCCCAAAACCCUCUUCGUUCGCUCUCCUCGGUUAUCUUUCGGAAGGGCACUUUCGGUCCAGGGAUACGGCGGCUGGCCCGGAGCCAACGUGCUCGUUCGGUUCUAGGGCGGCAGACAGGUGUAAUGAGGCCAAGUUCUGGCACACGUCAAUCGGAACCGGUCGCGGUGAUACAGCGAAGAUGCGCCUCAUCAUGUUGCGGUAGUAGCGGUGGACGUUGCGGUAAUAGCAGUGCCAGCGGUGCAAGUGUUUAGCGACGACACGCAAAAAGAACCCCAGGAAAAAGGUGAAACAAGUGGAAGCGAUUGUGGAAAGUGCGAAUAAUUGCAGUGCAACGCGACUGGUACUGGAAGCAGAGAAGAGCGGUGGUAAGGCGUUCAAGGAUAAUUCGCUUUUUUUUGAGGACAAAUAUUAGAACAUCAAGAACAUCAAAAUGACCGUCGACUUCAAUGACUAUUUUUGGGGCGAGAAAAACAAUGGUUACGAGGUGCUGUACCAAAACAUGAAGUAUGGCUUGUCGGCAACGAAAGAGCUGGCGGAAUACUUCCGCGAACGCUCGAAUCUCGAAGAGUACAACUCGAAGCUGCUGACGAAGCUUGCCAACAAGGCGGGCUCGAGCGGUGGUGGCACAUUUUCACCGCUCUGGAUCAUCCUCAAGUCCACGACCGAGCGGUUGUCGGAGCUGCACGCACAGAAGGUGCAGAAGCUGACGGAGUUGGUCAAAAAUGUCACGAAGUAUGCGGAAGAUCUGCACAAGAAGCACAAAUCGGUCAAGGAGGAAGAAUCGGGCACGCAGGAUGCGGUACAGGCGAUGAAAGAAUCGACAGCGGCCGUGGGCAAAGCAAAGGACAUCCAUAAUGCACGGCUGCAGGAGGUGGAGAAGGCACGUAAGGACAAUUCGACCAAGGAGAUCGAAAAGUCGGAGGCCAAGCUACGCAAGCAUCAGGAUGACUACAAAGCGCUGGUGGAGAAACACAACAUAAUCAAGCAGGAGUUUGAGAAGAAAAUGACAAUAACGUGUAGGCGUUUUCAAGAAAUGGAAGAAGCACAUCUGAAACAGAUGAAAGAGUUCCUCUCGUCGUACAUGGACAUUGUGCAGAACAAUUUCGAUUUAGUUGGACAGGUCCAUUCUGAUUUGAAGCGUCAAUUUUUAGAGUUAACCGUGGACAAACUUCUGGAGCAGUUCGUGCUCAACAAGUACACCGGUUUGGAGAAGCCAGAGCUAAUUGAGCUUGAUUUUGAAAGUGGCACCGCAAAUGCUUCCGGUGCGGGUGGCCAUAAUAGCCAUCAGCUGCUAGUAAACACGUCAGCCGCAGUACCGGGUGGUAGUACCUCGCCCGCAGCAUCCUCUCUGGCUGGCGGGUUGCUCGAAUCACCGACCCUGUCAGCUACCAGCUCCUCACAACCGAUCAACAUUGGCACGGCGACGACCGCCACCAAGAAGGAAAGUAGCCACCUUCGAUCGUGGUUUAGCUCGAGCUCAACCGCAGCCGUCCCGACCAACUCGCCGGUCAAUCUGUCCACCUCGCCCACGGCCACCUCGGUGGGCGGUGGGCUGCGUUACGAUGGACACGGUACAACGGAUCUUUCGGUUCAGCAGCAUCAUCCAAUGUCGUUGCGCGCCAUGUCGCCGGUACCAUCGGUGCUGAACGAAAGUAGCGUUACCGGAUCCGCACAAAGUACGAGCAAACACUCAAUCUCCGGGUUCCUGCGCAGCCGACGCGAAAAGGCCAAAUCGAAGAAAGCCAAAAAGAAGAAAGAUUCGACGGAAAAUUCCAGUGCCAAAGAGGAAAAUAUUUUGGACGGUGACAGUAAGGGCGAAUCAGCGAAUGCAGACAGCGCUACGAAUCUGCAAACCACCUCCGCGAUCAGUGCAUCGAACGUUGCACCGACGGCCACACCCGAAGUCGAUGAGGACGGUUACAGUAUACAGCCGCGUGAAACUACGUGGGAUAGUGCGACGAUCACGGAAAAGAGCAAUAACUUCUACUCAAGCUCGGAUAGUGACAGCGAGGAUGAACGGGAGGAGAAAAAAAUUCACGUUGAAAUUAAACCGCUCAACAAUGGAGCCGCACCCAUUUCAGCGAGUGUCGAUGAGCUGCGGGCAACGGUGGAAAAUCUAUCAUUAUCUCCUAUCGGUAUUUUAACAUCGCAACAGCAACAGCAGCACCAUCAACAGCACCAGCUGCACCAGCACCAUCAGCUACAACAGCAGCAGCAGCAGCAACAAUCCUCACAGGCACAUGCGUUGCACCAUCAGAUGUCGGUCGGGAACGCGUCGCUUUUGAACAACACUAACGCCACGCACCUCACUAGUCCGAAUGCAUCGAAUGCGUCCACGCCGACCACGGUGCAUCCGUAUGCGCCACUCCAAAGCCCAACCCUGUCGAUGUCAACGAGCUCGAACAAUCGUUACGCCGAUCUUGGUGACAUCUUCUCGGAGGUGGGCGAUAUAAGCAUCUCGGCACCAGCUUCCGCGAACCUAACGAAGCUUACGCAACGACAAAUCCCUACGCCGACCUCUACCGGUGGCAGCAGUAUCGCUAUACCGAGACCCCCAUCGAGACGAUCGGAAGCGGCUGUCGCACGGGAUCGAGUUAGUCCUGCGUCGCAGAUCGCACGUGCCGACAGUGUCGGAAGUUUGGAAUUCCGCAGCCCGAGCGUUGGCAUCGGAUCAUCCCGUGGUCCAUCCCCGUUGACGAUCGGUAUGUCCGACACGAUUCCAUUGGCUGUUGCAUUCCACGAAAUAAUUCAUGCGUACUUCAAAGGAGCGGACGAGUCUCGAUGUCAGGUGAAAAUGUCGGGCGACAUGAUGAUAUCGUUCCCGGCCGGUAUUGUGAACGUGCUGACGAACAAUCCAAACCCGGCCAAGCUGGGCUUCCGCAUCAAGAAUCUCCAACACCUCGACAAUGUGCUGCCGAACAAGCAGCUCGUCACGAUCGAUCGCCUGCAGUCGACCAGCUUCAGUACGACGCUCGAGUUCAACAUGCCAGUAUUAACGGCGACCUUACGGCGUCAGUCCGAGCAGAAUCCGACCGCGCCCCACAUCAACGUCGACAUACUGAAGUAUCAGAUCAAGGCAAAACCGGGUGCCGCGUCCUGUCCGUUCCAGCUCGUGUCCUACUGGAAGUGUGAACAGCGGCACACGGACAUUAAGAUCGACUACAAGUAUAACUGUCACGCGAUGGCUCAACCGUCCCCGUUGCUGAACGUUUCCAUCUCGGUACCGGUCGAUGGCGGUGUGAAGAAUGUACAAUCGAAACCACAUUCCGCAUGGCAAGGAGAAUCGAAUCGAUUGGUGUGGAACUUUACGGAUAUAUCGCAACACUCCGAGAGUGGUGGUGUCGAUACGCUCCGUGCACGGCUCGAGGUUGGUACGGGCCCAUCAAUACCGGCCAUCAUUUCGACGCAGUUCAACUGCGAAGGCACGACACUGUCUGGGAUUGAGUUCGAGCUGGCCGGUUCCGGCUAUCGGCUAUCGCUUGUAAAGCGCCGCUUCGUAUCAGGAAAAUACAUUUGCGAAGGGGACGGCAUACGAACAGUGAAAACACCUACACCACCAAAUGUUUCGGGCGUCAUGUCACCGAUUCCGUUCGGGAGCAGCAAAUCUGCUAACUCUUCCUCCGGUGGCACGACCGGAUAGUAUCGGUUUUUCUUCUACUAGUAAUGCCAGCAGUAGCAUAAUCCCGUUCCGAGAAACCGCUUUCGCCGCAGAGGAAGCGUGUGAGCUGAUCAGUAGAAGUUACCACAUCUUUAGUAGUACUGUCGAGUACAUCCGGGCGCAUACACCGUCCACGUUUUCGUGACCAUCGAACAUCGACGCGCGAGCAAAUGUAGUAAAGGAAAUGUUAGGCACUAUUAGGCUUCUGUUUGCACGAGAUACGAGUUGCGAAUGAAUAUUGCUUGCUUUUGGGAAGUAAUAUGGUGAGUUUUAUUUUCAAACCAAACCAGACUAGUGAAACGUAGGCGAAGUGGCUUGUGGAGGGUGAAAGUUGAAAAGUAUGAGGCUAGGAGAUUUCAAGACCGGUGUUUAGUCCCGCGUUGGCAGGAACACAGGUGUGCAGUUGGUUAAGAUUAGCCUUUUCUGAAUGGGUAUGGUGCCUUCCGUUUUUUAGUGCAAACCCUCGCCGGUCCGUCGGUGUACGCGUAAUCGGCUUUGUUUGUUUUUGAUAGUUCUAUACAACUUUUUUCUUCUUCUUCACCGUAGCUAACAUCCGUUCUUUUUGUACUAAAAUCCUAGUAUUUUCAAAAGGACUGAACGUCAUUCCUGUUGUUGUUGGUACGUGUUUUUUUCUCUUUCCAUUUAGCUAUCCAGCUUUGUGUUAGCUUUCUAUCCAUUAUCUAUACUUCAACACGCAAGAAUGCUUUAAGUAAUGUAAAUUCCAUGUUAUACCUUUGUAGAAGGCGCUCGCUUGAAAGUAAUCAUAUUAAGACACAUCACAUAAACCGGGCGGGCGCUUUUCUCAGUGAAUAUAUUAGACGUAGAAUGAACGUUUUUUUGAAUGGCAGAAAGAAGGUAGGAACAAAUGUGGAGACGAGCAGGUGAAAGCAGUAUUUUACGCAUGCUUUCCAGUAACUCUCACUGCUCGUUAUGACGUCAAUGGAAAUACUCUAACGUGGAAACAUUUACAAUCGAACGUACCAUACUUGCACAUUCGCUGUUCGGUGUGCAAAUAGUUUGAGUUACGGUAGUUGAUUCCACGAGGACACACAAUAUGCGCUGUAUGUUUACUGUAUACUGUUAUUUUAUGCUCUAUUGUAGCAUAUCGUAAGAGCAUGUAAACUUAUGUACGUUUGAUGUACUGUGCAACUGUGGACCCACUGCUUAGGAGCGAUCCCUUUAGUUAUUACCACUCCUCGUUACGGUACAACACCUGUAUUAUUAUGAUUUUCCACCCUUCUGCACUAGGGAAGUAGGUUAAAUGAUAAGGUUAGCAGCAGGGCAUAGGGAGGGCAAGAAUCUGAACUAAAACUGGGACUGUUUCCUAUCGUAUCGAACUUUGAAUGAAAUUAAUCUAAUAGCCCCCAUAUCCUCCACUCCGCUGGAAGAGUCUGUAACAUUUGUAGGCUAGGAAACAAACGCAAUACACAACAAUAACACAUCCCCAAACUGCAAUGGACAACAAACCAGAUUACACACACACACAUACUGAUACACUUAAAAUUCACUUUUGCAUACAAAAACACUUAUUCGAAUAGGAACAAAAAAGGACGCAACAUUUAUCCCAGGUAUCAUUAUAUUAUAUGGCAUUGUGCGAAGGAAAAAUAAAAGUUAGGCAAUUAUCAAACAAGGA